UGUACAAAAUGUAGGGUUAUAUUUAAAAAAAAAAAAAAAAUCAACAGUGAGAGUAGGCUAAUUUGAACAGGUUAGUUUUAAGACUGGAUUUGAAAAGAGGAGAAGAGUCAAUGAUACGGAUGUCAGGUGGGAGGGAGUUCCAGAGUUUGGGAGCAGAGCGGCUGAAAGCUCUGCACCCCGUGGUACUCAGACGAGCAGAAGGUACAGAGAGAUGAAUGGAAGAGGAGGAUCUGAGCGAGCGGGUAGAAGUUGCAAUUUGGAGAAGAUUUGACAGAUAAGGGGGGGCAAGAUUAUGUAUGGCCUUAAAUGUGUAGAGGAGAAUUUUGUAUUCGAUCCUAUAUUUAUCAGGGAGCCAGUGGAGCUGUUGAAGGACAGGUGUAAUGUGAUGGAAUGAAGGAGUUUUAGUGAUAUGGGCAGCUGUAUUCUGAACCAGCUGAAGCUUAUGGAGGGAUUUAUGAGGAAGGCCAAAGAGAAGAGAAUUACAGUAGUCAAUGCGGGAUGUAACAAGACUAUGAACUAGAAUAGAAGCAGUAUGGGGGGUGAGGGAAGGGCGUAGACAUUUGAUGUUACGCAGAUGGAAAUACGCAGACCAGGUUAUAUUACUAAUGUGAGAGCGGAAAGAUAAACAGUUAUCUAAGAUGACACCCAAGCUCUUAACCUGAAGUGAGGGGGAGACUGAUGUACUGCCAAUUUGGAUAGAGAAAAUAUCCACUUUCGAUAAUGUGGAUUUGGAACCACAAAGCAAAAUUUAAGUUUUAUCACUUAAGUUUUAGGAAAUUAGAGGUGAAUCAGGAUUUUAUUUCAGCUAAACAGUUGGAAAGGGAAGAGGGCGGGAACAAAGUACUUAGUUUACUAGAUAGAUAGAGCUGGGUGUCAUCUGCAUAGCAGUGGAAAUGGAUGUCGAAAGAGCGAAAAAUGUUGCCAAGGGGCAGAAGGUAAAUGAUGAAAAGAAGGGGCCCCAAGACAGAACCCUGGGGUACGCCAGAAGAAACAGGGGAAGACUGAGACCUGAAAGAUUUGAGUUGAAUGAGCUGAGUGCAGCCUGAGAGAUAGGAAUGAAACCAGUCGAGUGCGAUAUGAUUAAUGCCAAUGGAAGAUAGUCUGUUAAGGAGGAUAGUAUGAGAAAGUGUUGAAGUCUGUGCUCAGAUGUAGAAGAAUGAGAAUGGAAAAUAAACCAGAAUCAGCUGCCAUGAGAAGGUCAUUAGUGAUCUUAAGAAGAGCAGUUUCUGUGCUAUGGAGGGGGCGAAAACCAGACUAGAAUUGUUCAUAGAGACAAUUUUGGGAUAGGUUGGAAUGAAUUUGAGUAGCAAUAACUUUUUCAAGUAUUUUGGAAAUGAAAGGGAGGUUAGAAAUCGGGCGAAGGCUAUUAAAGUCGUUGGGGUCUGAGCCAGGUUUUUUCAGAAUAGGAGUGAUAGCAGCCAUUUUGAAGGGCGUAGGAACAAUUCCACUAGUGAGUGAGGAAUGAAUAAUGGCAGUUAUGAGGGGGAGCAGAGAGGAAAGACCAUAUUUAACUAAGACUGUAGGGAAAGGAUCAAGCUGACAUGUAGAAGGUUUUGAUUUGCUAAUGAGAUCAGAAAUGACAUGCAUCUGGAAGCUGAAAACAGGAGAGAGACUGACUAUGUGAAAGGGGUACAGAGAAGGAGAGAGGCUGUGGAUCAGGACAGAUGUUCUGGUGGAUUUUAUAAAUUUUCUCACUAAAAAACUACAUUAAAGCAUUGCAAGUAUCAGUUGAGUAAAAGUGGGAAGGUAGGAAGGAUUUGGGUUGGAAGAGUUUGUUGACUAGAUAGAACAGUGUUUUGGUGUUCCCUUCACUAGAGUUAAUUAGACCAGAGUAAUAGGAGGAUUUAGUUUGAACAAUUACAUCCUUAUACUGCAAUAUGUGUUUUAUGCAUUUCUUUGUGCAUGGUAAGACCAGAUUUUCUAUAGAGUCGCUCGAGCUGACGAGCUUAGUAGUUUAGGGGUAUACCGGGGGCAGAAUGAGUGAAGGAAACAGAGCGAGUUUUCACAGGAGCAAGAGAGUUGAGAAUAUAGGUUAAACUAUUGUUAUAGUGGUCAACAAGCUCAUCAAGCGAAGAUGAGCUGUGCAGGUUCAGAAUAUUGUCCAGGCUGGAGGUGAGGACAUCCUUAUCAAUGUCUUUGAUGUUCCUAAAUGAGAUGAGACGUGAUGGCUUGGUUAUGGAGAGACCUAGUGUAAUGUUAAAUGAGAGGAGGAAAUGAUCAGUAACAUUAACUUCAUCAGCUGCACAAUUAGACGGAGUGAGACCGGAACAACAAAGUCCAGUGUAUGUCCUUUUAUGUGGGUAGGAAAAUUGAUGAAUUGAUUAAAUCCAAAAUUCUCCAGGCAGGAUGAGAAGUCUUUGGUGAGAAGGAGAUUACUGCAGUCCAUGUGGAUAUUGAAAUCCCCCAGCAAUAUUACAUUAGGCAAAAUCACUUAGAAAGUCAUUAUGUGGCUUAGAAGGACAGUAAACUGUAGCGAUAAUGGUAGGAGAGGGUCCAGGCACUUCACAUGCUAAACAUUCCAGAGAACUGAGAGCAGGCACAGAUACAGGGAGGACUUUCCAAUUCUCGCGGUGAAGUACCGCGACCUACUCCACGGGGUUGACAAACGUAAACAAACCCAGGAGGAGCAGAGUAAUUGAGUUGUGAGAAGUCAUUAGGUUGUUGUCAGGUUUCAGUUAGACAGAGAAAGUCAAACUUGCGCUCAGUGAGGAGAUCUUGAAUGAGAUGUCCCUUGUUCGUGAUCAAUAUCAAUUUCACACAGAUCAUUAGUAAAUUAAUUUUCUCCAGAUAUUGAGUAAAUGUAAAUUAAUUUUGUUCAAAUUCUUAUUAAAUUUAUUUUCCUUAAUGAAUUUGUUUAAUAAAUAUUUGAGUUAUAUUGACUCAUAAAUCGGCAUGCUCUUACUAAAUCCAACACAUCUUAAACUGUUGCUUUUAUGCAGUGUAUGCAGAGAAACAGAUGGACUACAGUCUGUAAUUAUAGAACUAUAAAGUGCACCUAUAUAGUAAGUGGAGCUCAUAAAAUGGCCAAUGAGCAUAGAAACAAGGAGUGUCCAUGUUGUGCCUGAUCGGUGUGUGUAUGAACUAUAAACAAGAAUAAAACAAGGCUGAUCACUACAGACCAGCAUUUUAAACAGCAGUGUUGGAAGGCAGACUGAGUAGUAGAACCACACUUGAGUAAUCAUUGUAUAUUAAUACAUGGAUGUGUUUUGAGUGGGUUUAGAGAUGUUUUUGGACAUGUAUUAGUGGAGAUGGGAAAUGGGUGACAAACUUUAUUUUUGCUGAACUAUUUCUACACUAAACCGUACGUUGAAGUUUUGUUUUAAUAAAUCACAUUCCAGUUGGAAAGAACCCCUGUUUGGAAUGUUGCUUUUCUUGUUUUACACCUUUUGUGUGUAAGUUAUAUUCAAUUUUUCAUAUAAGGAAUAUAGAUGGAAAUAAAAGCGAGAUGUUGCCUCAAAAGUGGUGUUUGUCACAACUAUAAUUCACAAUUUGAAACACAAAAUAGGUUUUACAUAAUCUUAACUUUAAAACUAAUGUCAAGACGUCCUUUUAACUUAAAUAAGUUAUAGCUAAUAAUUGGGAUAUGUCAACCAAAGUCAUCAGUAUCUUGCAGAGAUACUGCAGAGAGGAAUCCAAAGUAAAACUAGACAUAAGGUCAUGAGUUGAAACAAAUGGUAGUUCUAAUCUGAUUUUACUUGAAACUUUAAGGCAGCUUUUGAACUUUAAUUCAAGAUUUUUUUUUUUAAGUGUAGUACCCUGUGAUCGCUGUAAAAUUUUGGCCGAAGUCCCAUAAACCUGGCCUAGCGACGCCCCUGAUGGUCUUGUUUUCUAGCUUGUUCUGUUAAAUACACCUAAACAAACAAAAUGCUUCAGAACACAGCGUCUGUGUUUCAGAAAACGGCGUCUUUCAGCCUUCCAGAGUCGCAGUCGGCCCUGCUCCUGUUUUCAAGUGUUGUUGUACAUAAUAAAAUAUGGUGUUUAUUUUUUUCAUUUUGCAAAAGAAUGUGUAUCAAUGAAGAGUAUGCUAAAAACAGUACGGCCUUUAUUGUGAGAAUAUUUAUGACUGAUGGGCCUUUUUAUUAUUAUUUCGAGAUACAUGGUAACGAAAAUGGAUUAACAUGAAAGCAUGUUUAUUACGGAUUAUAAAUGAAUCACCUCAUUACAUACAGAUCUAUUUCUAUGCAACAUUUAGCUAUUUUUUCUGAAUAUUAUCAAAAUAAUGUAAUAUUGAUUAAAAUUAAACGUAUUGUAGUAUGGAUUACUUUUGCUUGCUUGUCCUCGUUGUAGGAGGUUGUGACAGCGUCGUGGCAAUGUAGUCAGAUGGCGUCACAACUUUCUGAGAUUUCAGCGUUGUGACAACUAAAGAGCACUGAGCAGCCAAGGUUGUGAACACCAAAAACAAUAGAUUGUCACAACGUAUGUUUGCUGGGCGAUUUUAAGAAGUUCUUACUAAGCAAACAUUGUGACAACCUAUUAUCACUUCAGGUACACGAAAAUAUAUAUCACACCAAAACGGUUAGUCUUUCAAUUAACAAACCUUUGUUUUGGUGUGAUAUCAUUCAGCAAAAAAAUGUGUGUAUACUUUAAUGUCAGUAAAUUCAGUGCAUCACCUUUUUAUAGUGUAUCUAAAUCGGACUGAUCUGAUUUUGUGAUACAGCCUAGGCGUUUCGUCUAGGCUCUGAAGUCUCAAAUGACUGCAAUGGUCCUGCUGAGGUCAGUCAGUCCUCUGCGCAAAGCUUCAACACUUCUGUUGGAGGAAGGGGAGGAGGAAGAUCCGCUGGAUCAUCCUCAUAAAGACACAGCAGCCCUUUGAACGACAUGUCUCCAGUCAGAUUUUUCAUCUUAUUAACUUUUCUAAUUUCGUAUCACGUUCGAUCAUCGCGAGGUAAACGGAUCUUCAAAUGUCCUUCAGGCUGCACUUGUACAACUGAUUCCAUUAUCUGCGUUGGAUCAUCUUUCAUCCCCAGGACCAUUCCAAGUGACGUCAACUCUCUGAGUAUUAUCAAUGGCAGUUUCCCAGAAAUAAAGCAGGCAAUGUUCUCCCUCAUGCCAUCGCUGCAGUUACUACUCCUUAAUGCAAAUUCUCUCGACAGCAUAAGGGAAGAUGCAUUCUCAGGCCUUCCUCACCUUGAGUAUUUGUUUAUUGAGGGGAACAAGAUAGAAGAGAUUAACAAAUAUGCCUUCAGAGGACUCCGUGAUGUUACACAUUUGUCCUUGGCAAACAACAACAUGAAAAAAAUUCCCAAAGGCCUGUUUUCUGAUUUGCACUCUUUGAUUGAACUAGAUUUACGAGGGAACCUGUUUCAGUGUGACUGCCAGGCCAUGUGGCUAAUGCUGUGGCUGAAAAGGUCGAAUGCCACAGUCUCAGAUGUCUAUUGUGCUGGACCAGUGGACAUGAAAGGUGUUCUGCUGAAGGACGUCCCUGCAAAACACACUGAGUGUGUCUCUACUGAUUUUAUUCCUCAUCAAACCAUCAACACCCAGUCCAUGUCAGCAGACAUCUUCACCUAUAAAGAAGACAUCUAUGUUGCUAUGGCAGUCCCAAACUCAGACAGCUGCAUAAUCAUGGAGUGGGAUCACAUCGAAACCAAAUUCAGGCCUUUUGAUAACAUUACAGGACAAUCCAUCAUUGGUUGCAGUUCUGUGCUGAUCGGCGAGCAGGCAUUGAUUAUUGUCACUCAACUCUUUGCUGAUUCCCACAUUUACAAAUUUGAUCAAGAGCAGAAUAAGUUCACCAAGUUCCAAACAGUCGAAAUGCUGAACGUCUCCAAGCCGAACAAUAUUGAAGUCUUUAAAAUUGGGGAUGAGUGGUUUUUCCUGAUUGUUGAUAGUUCCAAAGCAGGCAUGUCCACUCUGUUCAAGUGGAAUGACACUGGAUUCUUCCCACACCAGUUCCUUCAUGAGUGGAUCCGUGACACUGAUGUGGAAUUUGUUGAUUUGGACGGCAAGUCUAUUCUUGUUCUUGUGAGUCGUUCCCAAGUCCCUGUCAUCUACCACUGGAACAAAAGCACCCAGAUGUUUGUCCACUUUAAUGAGAUACCAAACAUGGAUGACAUGGUCAGUGUGAAGGCCUUUAGAAUCAAUAAUGUCCUCUACUUGGCGCUGGCAUGUUACAUUGGAGAUUCAAAAGUCCUGAAGUGGACAGGCAAGCAUUUUGAGGAAGUGCAGGGCCUUCCCUCACGUGGGGCCAUGGUCCUUCAGCCUUUUAGCUUCAAAAACCAUAACUAUCUAAUUCUGAGCAGUGACUACUCCUUCUCUCAAAUCUACAGGUGGGUCGAGGAGAAGCAGAUUUUUGUCAAGUUCAGGGAAGUGUAUGUUCAGUGGCCUCGUUCUUUUACGCCGCUGUCAACAGGUCAGCGUGAUUUCUUUAUUGCCACCAGCUUCAAGGGAAAAACAAAGGUUUUUGAACAUGUUUUGGUUGAUUACAGUCAAUGAAACUGUAGUCUGAAGGUAUGUGACAUCAAACCACUGAAUCAGUCUUUCCUCACUGAACAUCAAUAUGUAUGCAUUUAACCCUGUCUUGGCCUAAAUAUUAAUCAGUUCAAUGUUAUUUCAACAAA